UUACGAGAGAAGCAAAAACAAAGCUUCACGAGGGGGUUACAAAAAUGUUUUAAAAAAAUAAAAAAAUUGUAAGUUAUUGACCGACCCGACUCUCGUUCAUAACCCGUCUACAUAGGAUCAAGAUUCAAGCAAAAAGAAAAGAAAAACAGGUGACUAAUGGCGGAAGCUCUGUUUGAGCUGGAACAAGUUCUCAUCUCCAGAAAGGAAGCUCUGACAAGUGAAGAAGCUAAACUACUUAAUUCAUGGAAGCAAAAUGCUGUAAGAGAUUUUGGGAUUGGUGCCACUGGUGCUUCUAUUGCCACUUGGUUUGUAACCAGAAGGCUGAAUAACCUAAUUCGCAUGAACCUGACAGUAGGUUUUGGUUUCUAUUAUGGCAUUAGGAGAUUUGCCAAGUGUUUGGAUUCAGAAGUUGAACAAAUUCUCUCUCAGCAUGGGACUCGUUUGCAGACUGGGUUGGCAGAAAUAAUGUUGAAGAAGUAUCAGCAUGAUCCGCAGGUAUUGCAACGUGUCUCCAAAUAUUUUUUCUGUGAAACUGUUUAUGACGACGAUUCAACAGACCGGCCAAAACCAAGGUGGCGCAUUCGGAAUCUCUUUGAGGAAGAUCUUGCCUCUGCUCAUAUGACAUGUGGUGAUGACUCUUACAAUAAGAAAAUCAAUUCGGAGAAAGCUGAUCUGAGGAAGAAUAAUCUACAGCGCAAACAAAUUAAUACGAGUACAGCAGCUGAUGUUCUGGAGGCAAUUGAAGACCCAUUUGACUGCAUAUUCGGGUCUUCAGCAAGUGUCCAAGAUAUUCAUCACGCUGACACAUUUAGCACACCGCCUAGAAGGCGUAACUAUAACCAGAAAAGGUAUCAUCGUAGGCAUAGGAUGCGUCACAAGGAGAACAUGGAUGUUUGAGCUUUCUUCAACUGGCCUAGUAGCCCUCACAAAUGCCCCUCACAUGUACCUGAAAUUGCUAGUUACUGCAAAAGGUACUAGUAUGUGGGUUGCUUUCUUUGAUGCUGCUCUCUCCUCGACAAGCAGAGUCUUGCAUUGUUGCCGAAUGAGUCGCACCAAAUCUCUAGCUGGAACUGGCAUUAACUCCAAGCUGUUUAUAUAUUAUGGCUCCAUUUGCAUUUGAGCUAUUCAGGGUUGAUGUACAGAUUUCAGCAUAAGCUGGUUAAUAGAUAAACUCUGGUAAUGGGUUAACAGAAGGGAAGCUAAGUGUUGAUCUCCAGUUCAAAGUUUAGGAUGAAAUAAAUUGAGUUCUGAAUUCUGAGCAUGUUUAAUUUCAGACUUUAAAUGCUUAUGCUGAUGAAGGUUUUCUUUUUUU